UUUCUUCCUGAUUUGCUGCAAGGUUUCUGAACGAAUUAAUAACACUGCGUAACUGAGUUAAUAUUAAUAGAGGAGCCUUAAAGCGCUGUAAAGUUAGACUUUUAUUUUAAAACAUCAGAAGCCAUUUUCCAGAGGAUCAGUUCGGAAUCGGAUGGUGUUUGUUAUGGUCUGGGGUUUGGGUUCAGAGUCUGGACACUGACAGAAUGUUUGUGUUUCCGCUCUAAACACUCAUUCAUGCGCUCCGACGAUCUCCUGGAUAGUUAAGUGGUUCACCCUGAUUAUUAGUACUGUAUCCAAUAGAAUAUGAGUAUUUUGUGGUGAUAUGUCAAAUUAUGAAUGAAAAAAGUGAAUUAAUCAUAUUCUGUGGUGAUGUCAUACAGUAUGGAGAAGGUCCGAAAGAUUCUAGUUCAUCUGUCGAAGGAAAACGCCGCUCCGCAGUGCGCGCGAUUCGUGCAGAGCAUAACUGGACACUUUGUUGGGAGUGAUGAUCAGGUUAAUGUGAGCUGUUCUUUGGAGAAUAACAGAUUUAUUUUAUGUGACCGGUUGUGUGAUGGAGGAGUUCCUCUGAAGAGGGCGUCAUUUUGCCCCAUCAAAUACCUGUCUCACUCAGAGGCAGUCUCCCUGCCUCCAGACACCCUCAGCCGUGGGGUAGACGUGGGCGUGGCUGUGCUGCUGCAGUCCUCCAAUCAGAGACUGUUGCUAACGCGCCGUGCCUCCAGCCUCCGGAUCUUCCCCAAUGUCUGGGUUCCACCUGGAGGCCAUUUGGAGCUGGAUGAAAAGCUGUUGGAUGCAGGACUCAGGGAGCUCCAGGAAGAGACUGGUCUGAAACUGAGCCCUGAUGAGAUCUCCUCUCAUCUGCUCGGCAUGUGGGAGUCAGUGUAUCCGCCCAUGUUGUCCAGAGGACCACCUCAGAGACAUCAUAUUGUGACGUACAUGCUUCUGAAGAGCUCUCAAUCACACCUGCAGCUUCAGGCUUGUUUGCGCCCAGAUCCUGCUGAAGUCAGUGCGUGUGUGUGGGUCAAUGCAGGUCUGGUGAAAGCUGUGGUAUCUGCUGUAGAUGGUGAGGAGGAUUCUGUUCAAAUACCAGCUGACCUGCCACAGACCAUCAGUGUGACGGAGGUGUCUUCAUGCGGUGAGCUGAGCGAGACCUCUCUGCCCGUUUCUUUGUUCUGUAACCGGGCCCCGGAUCAUGGCGAGGACAUUGAACGAGUCAGCACUGGAACCAAAUUUGCAUUAGAACUGUGGUUGAAAACACUGGAGUCUCAUGCUGAGAUGGGCUGACGACGACUCUCCGCCAGCUUCUGUUUAUGUUUGUUACCAUUUAACCAGUGCCUUGAGGAAGACAGCACCACCUGCUGGACUGGAGCUAUUUCAGUCCAGCAGGUAUUUACAACAUUAAAAUCUAAAUUUUGCCAUAAAGCCUCGACAGCCUUAGAAUAACAAUUUUCAUUAGAAUAUGAUUUUAUUUUCAUCAAAAUGUUUAUUUAACCCUUGUCAACGCGCAAAAUUUUUCAGCAUUUUUUAAAAUUACAACAGAAACAUCUUUGCCUACCACAAGGAGAUGGUAGAAACUGUGUCCCCUCUGCUAAAGCUGGCAAAAUAAAGUUGGUUUAAAGGUAAAUUAAAUAAUUUUUCUACAUAAAGGUGUUGAGAUCACAUCUGAA